GAUAGAGACAUACACAGCAAAUAGUUAAGACAAAUUGUUUAAAGACACAGCAACUACAAAAUAUGAUGAUAUUUAUAACUUAAGUAACACCUACUCUGCUACUCAUAGAUAGAGAAAGUGAGAAAGAGAGAUGAAUUCGAAGCUCCGGAGUCUGUGGAACCACCCGGCGGGGCCGAAGACGAUCCACUUCUGGGCGCCGACGUUCAAGUGGGGGCUGAGCAUCGCCAACGUGUCGGACUUCUCGAAGCCCCCCGAGACGCUGUCGUACCCGCAGCAGACGGUGAUCGCCAUCUCGGGGGUCAUCUGGUCGCGCUACUGCUUCGUCAUCAAGCCGUGGAAUCUCAACCUCUUCGGCGUCAACUCCGCCAUGGCUUGCACCGGUCUCUAUCAGCUCUCCCGCAAGCUCCGCCACGACUACUCCUCCGUCGACCAAUGAUCACCGGUCACUUUUACUUUACUAUUCCACUUUCUUUCAUUUUCUGUAAAAUUAAAUCAACGCCUUAAAUUAGAUUUUAAUUAACCUACAUGAAUUAUACUAAAUCAUCGUAACUUAGUUUAAUACUCUCUCUGUCUAAAAAUAAAUUGACAAUUGCAUGA